AGGCCUCCACGUCCCCGAAGCCUCAGCAGCGUCCGGGCAGACUCCCUUCAUGCCGUGGUGCAGCGGCACUAUGUUCCUGGGGUGAGGGAGCCACUGGGUAUGCUCCUCCCCAUGGGUUGCCCAUCAUGUCUAAUGGAUAUCGCACUCUGUCCCAGCACCUCAAUGACCUGAAGAAGGAGAACUUCAGUCUCAAGCUGCGCAUCUACUUCCUAGAGGAGCGUAUGCAGCAGAAGUAUGAGACCAGCAGGGAGGAUGUCUACAAGCGGAACAUUGAACUGAAGGUUGAAGUAGAGAGCCUGAAACGAGAACUCCAGGACAAGAAACAAGAUCUGAAUAAAACAUGGGCUGAUGUGGAGAAUCUAAACAGCCAUAAUGAAGCUGAGCUCCGGCGCCAGUUUGAGGAGAGGCAACAGGAGACAGAGCAUGUUUACCAGCUCUUAGAGAAUAAGAUCCAACUUCUGCAGGAGGAAUCCAGGCUAGCUAAGGAUGAAGCUGCACGAAUGGCAGCUCUGGUGGAAGCAGAGAAAGAGUGUAACCUGGAGCUCUCAGAGAAACUUAAGGAUGUCACCAAGGACAGGGAAGAUGUGCCCGGAGACCAGGUCAAGCACAGCCAAUACACUGAGGCCCUGGCGGAGAAGGACAAGUAA